AUGGAAGCCUUCAGUUUUGAGUUGGUAUUUGUAUCUGUGAAGAAUGCAAUCCCCACCAAGGAUGAAAGUCAGCAUGGUUUGGAUAGUUCGUGUUGGGUGAUGAGAGGAAGCAGGAUGCGCCUUUCCCAGAUGCUAGUUUACAAGAGAUUGUUAAUUGGAUAUGUUGCUAUAUUUACACAGAUUGGAUCUUCAAUUUUGAUAUCUCCUCAUGAAUUGCAAUCCUCUAAUAAUUUUAGGGUUUGUUUUUUUCUCUUCAAUAACUUCCUCUUCUUCGUUUCUAAUGCCGAUCCGGGUCCAUCCUGCCCCAAAACCAGCCCGUUUGUCGGGUUCGAAUCCGAGUUCACCAUGGUUCAACACCAAGUACGUGGGUUUCUAACCAUAAUCGAUGAUUGCUCUUUUAGGGUUUCUCAGUUUGAUAUGUUAUCAGGAUUGGAUGUUUACUUUUGGGGCUCCAUCGCUCCCGAUUUUGAUAAUCUCACAAAUGGGUUUAUAGUUUCUGAUUAUAAACUCAAUGAAACUUAUAAAAAUGGAAGCUUUAGUGUCAAGUUGAGUCAAAAUGUUACUUGGGAUCGGAUCCAAGUUCUAUCCAUUUGGGACUUGUUGACUGAAUCGGAUUUUGGGCAUGUAAUUCUCUCAAAUGGGUCUGAUUUGGCUCCCACAUUGAGUCCAAAUUUGGCUCCGUCGCCGGCAGGUAAUGAUAGUAGUGGUAAGGAAGGCAAAUUCGGGCCUUUUAGAGUUCCGACGAUGUUUGAUAAUUGUAAGGUUUUGUCUAACGACUAUAGGAUUAGGUGGAGUUUGAGUGUGGAGGAGGAUUUUAUCGAAAUAGGAUUAGAGGCAACGACUGCUAUACAAAAUUAUAUGGCGUUUGGUUGGGCGAAUCCGAAGGCUAAUUCGGAGGUUAUGGUCGGUGGUGAUGUGGCGGUGGCAGGGUUUACAGAGGAAGGGAUGCCUUUUGUUGAUGAUUUUUUUAUUACCGACUAUAGUGAGUGUACCAUAAAUAAGGAUGGUUCAGCUCGUGGGGUUUGUCCUGAUACGAUAUAUGAAGGAUCGGACCCUGUUGGAUUGGUGAACAAUGCGAAUUUGAUUUAUGGGCAUAGAAAGGAUGGGGUUUCAUUUAUUAGGUAUAGGCGGCCGUUGGUUUCAGUUGAUAGCAAGUAUGAUUUGCCGGUGAAUUAUACAGAGAAUAUGACAGUGAUUUGGGCUUUGGGGUUGAUGAGGCCACCUGAUACUUUUCGGCCUUACUAUUUACCGCAGAAUCAUGGAGGGCCAAUGUCGGUGACUUAUGGGCACUUGGUGUUUAAUGUUUCUGAGAAGGUGAAUGAGUGCUUAGGGCCCUUGGAUGCUGCAGACAAGGAGGAUCAGGAUUUGAUUAUCGCAGAUGCAAAUAAGCCUCUUGUUGUUACUACGGGUCCUGCAGUUGAUUACCCCAAUCCGCCCAACCCUUCAAAAGUUUUGUACAUUAAUAAGAAGGAGGCUCCUGUUUUGAAAGUUGAAAGAGGGGUGCCAGUGAAGUUUUCAGUGCAAGCUGGACAUGAUGUUGCAUUGUACAUUACUUCGGAUUUGCUUGGUGGUAAUGCAACAUUGAGGAACAAGACUGAGACUAUUUAUGCAGGAGGUCCUGAAGCUGAAGGUGUUCUGGCUAGUCCAAUGGAAUUGACCUGGGAGCCGGAUAGGAAUACUCCAGAUCAGGUGUACUAUCAAUCUUUGUAUCAGAAGAAGAUGGGUUGGAGGGUUCAGGUGGUUGAUGGGGGUUUAUCUGAUAUGUAUAGCAACAGUGUCCUUUUGGAUGAUCAGCAAGUCACUUUCUUUUGGACAUUGUCAAAAGAUUGUAUAUCUAUUGCUGCCCGCGGUGAGAAAAAGAGUGGCUAUGUUGCUAUAGGAUUUGGUACUGCAAUGAUUGAUAGCUAUGCUUAUGUGGGUUGGGUUGACGAUAUCGGUAAAGGGCAUGUAAAUUCAUAUUGGAUUGAUGGAAGGGAUGCCUCAAGCGUGCAUCCAACAAAUGAGAAUUUGACUGAUAUAAGGUGCAAGUCAGAAAAUGGGAUUAUCACCUUCGAGUUUACACGACCUUUAAAACUGUGUAGGCACAAUGAUCGGUUAGAGUGUAAAAAUAUUAUUGAUCCCACAACUCCACUCAAGGUCAUAUGGGCAUUGGGUACAAAAUGGUCAGACAAACACCUAAAUGAGAAGAAUAUGCAUUCCGAAACUAGCCAUAGGCCUAUACGAGUGUCGCUUAUGCGUGGUUCUGCAGAAGCGGACGAAGAUUUACGGCCGGUGUUAGCUGUACAUGGGUUCAUGAUGUUCCUGUCUUGGGGUAUUUUGCUUCCUGGUGGAGUUUUGGCCGCUAGAUACAUGAAGCAUGUGAAGGGGGAUGGCUGGUACCAGAUUCAUGUUUACUUGCAGUACUCAGGUUUAGCAAUUCUCCUGCUUGGCCUUCUGUUUGCAGUGGCUGAGCUUCAAGGCCUCUAUGUCAGCUCAGCUCAUGUUAAGUUUGGGCUUGCUGCUAUAUUUCUGGCAUGUGUACAGCCAGUGAAUGCUUCCAUGAGGCCUAAAAAACCUGCUAAUGGAGAAGAGGUUUCCUCAAAAAGGCGUCUCUGGGAGUAUUUUCACCUCAUUGUUGGUAGAUCUGCCAUCAUUGUAGGAAUUGCGGCACUUUUCAGUGGAGUGAAGCAUUUGGGAGAUAGAUAUGGAGAUGAAAAUGCUCAUGGAUAUAUCUGGGCACUAAUUCUUUGGCUCGUUAUCGGUACAGUGAUUGUCAUGUAUCUGGAAUAUCAAGAAAAACAGCGAAGGAGGGACAGAAUAUUUGGAAGAAGCAAUUGGGUGUUAGGUAACAUUGAAGAAGAGGAUUCUAUUGACCUCCUGAAUCCAGCACAAAAAGAUACACAACAUUCUGGACAGAUGGAAGUUCAGUUAGAGCCCUUGAACAGAUGA